GCAGCAGACUUCUUUUUGAUCGAUUGACCACAUCAUUUUGAUCUUUGUACAACAAAAGAUUGUGAAAAUGUGUUCCGAUAUUUUUGGGCUGUCUAUAUAAGCGUGGGUAUUUCACACCAUCUUCUGUGUUUUUUGACAUAUGCAGACUUGGUACAGCAUGGAGCACACAAGAAAUGGUGAUCUGAAGGUCAGCUAUGAGCAGCAGGAGCUGUUCGGGCGGCGCCGGAACGGCACCUCGCCCGCCUCCGUCGACCUCACCAGGGAGGCCGUGGACAGCGGCCCGGAAACGGCAAGGGUUCCAUCGCCGCCGAAGAGCACCCCGAGCCCGCAGGGCACUUGCGCUGACGGCGAGCUCGACGUGUUCUCGGCUGAGCGUUACUUCAAGGGCGCAAUGGACGGCCACCACCAGGAGGGCCCCGCCACGCCCACGCGCGUGGAGGUUGUGGCCGCGGGGGCGAGGCCAGCUGUGCCGGUGAGCGAGCCGGCGUGGACGCGCGCGUCGUCGGCGAGCGCCGGCUCGGUGGGCAGCGCCUACAGCCAGACCGUUCUCCUCCGGGAUGCGCGCCGCCGCCCGCGAUACCGCUGCAUGAAGUGCUGCCUCCAGGUCGGCGUGCUCCUGCGUCUGUGCUCCGGGAAGCGGGCCGUGCGCGUAGACGGCGCGGCCGCCGUGGCGACGCAGACCGCCGGAUCGAGCAAGCUGGCGGCAUCGGCGACGGCGAGCAAUAUCGAGUGGUACAAAGACCUGCGGAGGGAGAAGGCUGGCCUCGGGCUAACCGGAGACGGCCACCGUGGCGUGGUUGCUGGCCUCCCGCCAAAUUUGAAUCUCGGGGCAUCAGGAGUGGCAGCCGUAGGGAGGGAAGAGAAGCAGGGCGAGUACACGAGCGCGAGCUGUAGGAGAGGAAGCUUCACUCUUCCAGCUCCGGUGAAAGUCAGCUGCGGCAGGGGCGGCGGCGACGACGACGGCGGGAGCGAGUCGAGCUCGGACCUGUUCGAGAUCAAGAGCCUAAUGAUCGACGACUGCCCGCACGAGCCCAGCGAGGAAAGCGUCCAGUGGAGCGUGGUGACCGCGAGCGCGGGUGGCGGCCGCACCGGCGCCCCGGUGGCCGUGACGCAGAACAGAGACAGUCCGGUUGGGAUAUUGACAGGGUGCCUGAGCCGCGGGCCGGUGGAUGUUUCGGCGGUGGCCGGGGUGUGCGGGUUCCCCGACCCGUCGGCCCUGGCGCAUUGAUGGUAGCACAAGCACUGAAAAAAAUAGCGUGCUAUAAUGUCGCUAAUAGCACGCUACAGCGUAUUGAGAAUUGUCUUGCUAAAUAUAUCGGUGUACAACGUCUCGCUAAUAGCACGCUAUAGCGCGAUAUAGCAAGUUAAUAGCAUAUUUUGAGGUCGCCGCUAUUUUGUUGUAGCGCGCUAU